AUGCUUACCCGUACCUGUCUGUACAUGUCUGUACCUGCAUCAAUUGCAAGGACCAGGGGCCAUUCUGACAUCAAAACAAUGUUGGACAAGCAACCAAAUGGAAGAUUCUCCAGAACUGUGAAUUCCUACAUCGAUGAAGUCGUAGGUGGUACCCUGAGAUACAAUACUCGUAUCUAUAUUAAGAUCCCCACACAUUCCGAUAGGCAGAGAUACCUCGAACCACUGUUCAUGAGAGACAUAUUAGCAAAAGCAUUGAUCACUGAAAGAUACUACAGGACAUCGUUUGAAUGGGGGUAA